CGCCCGCCGCUCGUCUGCUCGCCCGCCGCUCGUCUGCCCGCCCGCUCACCUGCCUGCUCACCUGCCAGCGCGCCCUGAGGCCCUCUCGCCCAUGCACCCUCUCAUCCACGCUCCCUUUUGCCCACUCGCUGGUCCGCUCUUGUCUGCCCAAACUCGAUUUCUCACUACCUCACUCUCCCGCCCGCUCUUGCCCACCCGUACACUCAUCCUCGUGCCAACUCGCUCAUCUGCCGACAUGACAUUCUCAUGUGCGUGCCCGCCGACGGCUUCUCGCCCGCUUGCCCACUCGCUGCCUGCCCACUCGCUGCCUGCCCACUCUUGGCCUGCUUGCUCGCACUGCCUCUCGCCUGCAAUCCCUACCGCCCGCGCUGUGUCUUGCCUGCGCCCCAUCUUGCCCGUGCCCUCUUUCGCCCGCUCACUUCCCGCCUGCACUCUCUCUCUCUCGCGCCGAUCUGCUCGCCCACAUACUUACCCACCCACCAGCUCGCGCUCGCCCAUGCUUCACCGGCUCACUUGCCUACACUUUCUCUUCCCCAUGCCUUCUCUCCGCGCUUUCUCUUGCCCACGCUCCCACCCGUACGUUGUGCUCCGAGUAGUGGACAAGUAUAUACUAUAAGUAGUUGUGCCGGCUGUAUUGUCUUGGAUUGCCGACAGUACAUUAUAAUGCAUGUCAUGGUUUCUCAUA